UUGAGGGCGCGUAUGUGACAUAGUGACCAAGUGAAACGGUCGUCUGGCGCCAAAAAUUUAAGUUCAAAAACAGAGACGGGAAGUUGCAUUCUGAGAUACGUUACAUUCUUCUUAGUCGGAUAGCUAAGAAGGAUUAUUACCGCGAUUGACUUGCUUUGUAUUUAUUUUUUUAACUUUGUUUUUAGCCGCUGGGCUGAGGGUUGACGCUACGAUGCAUAUCAAAUCUAUUAUCAUAGAGGGAUUCAAAUCGUACGCCCAGAGGACAGAAAUCAAUGGGUUUGAUCCUCUGUUCAAUGCAAUUACUGGACUGAAUGGCAGUGGGAAAUCAAAUAUCCUUGAUUCCAUCUGUUUUCUGCUCGGAAUCUCCAAUCUGUCACAGGUGCGGGCGUCAAAUCUUCAGGAUUUGGUAUACAAAAAUGGUCAAGCUGGAAUCACGAAAGCUACCGUUUCAAUUACAUUCGACAACUCUGACAAGAAGCAGAGCCCUCUUGGAUUUGAAACCCAUGAUGAAAUCACCGUUACCAGACAGGUAGUUAUAGGUGGAAAGAACAGAUAUUUGAUUAACGGCAUGAACGCCAACAACACUCGCGUGCAGGACCUCUUCUGCUCUGUUGGGCUGAACGUAAACAAUCCCCACUUCCUCAUCAUGCAGGGGAGAAUUACCAAAGUCCUAAACAUGAAACCACCUGAGAUCUUGGCCAUGAUCGAGGAGGCUGCUGGCACCAGGAUGUACGAGUGUAAAAAAAUCAGCGCUCAGAAGACUAUCGAGAAGAAGGAAGCCAAACUAAAAGAGAUCCAGACUGUUCUUGAAGAGGAAAUCACUCCCACUCUACAGAAGCUGAAGGAGGAGCGGUCCUCCUACCUGGAGUACCAGAAGCUGAUGCGGGAGAUCGAGCACCUGAGCCGGCUGUACGUGGCGUACCUGUUCGUGUGCGCCGAGGAGACCAAGGUCAAGUCCGCCGAGGACCUGCAGGUGAUGCAGGACAGCAUCGCCGCGCUGCAGGGCAGCAUGGCGGAGAACGAGCGCAAGGUCCAGGAGCUCUCGCUGGAGAUCCAGCAGCUGGAGAGGAAGAGGGACAAGGACGUGGGUGGAGUCCUGAAGUCCCUGGAGGAUGCUCUUUCGGAGGUGCAGAGGGUGGACGCCAAGGCCCAGAGCGCCCUGGACCUGAAGAAGCAGAACCUGAACGAGGAGACCAAGAAGCGCAAAGAGCUCGUCAAGAGCAUGGAGGAGGAUAAGAAAGUGAUGGCCGCGAAGGAAAAGGAGGUGGCCAAGAUGGCGGAGAAGCUGAGCAGCAUUCAGGAGGAGGGGCGGAAGGACACGGAGGCCCUGGCCACCGCCCAGCAGCACUUCAACGCCGUGUCCGCCGGCCUGUCCACCAACGAGGACGGAGAGGACGCCACGCUGGCCGGGCAGAUGAUGGCCUGCAAGAACGACAUGAGCAAGGCCGACACCGAGGCCAAGCAGGCUCAAAUGAAGCUGAAGCACGCGCAGGAGGAGCUGAAGACCAAGCAGGCCGAGGUGAAGAAGAUGGACGGUGGCUACAAGAAGGUCCAGGACGCCCUGGAGGGCGUGAAGAAGAGCCAGGACAAGCUGGAGGCAGAGAUGAAGAAACUGAACUACGAAGAUGGGAAGGAGGAGGGGCUGAUCGAGAAGAGACGGACACUGUCGCGCGAGGUGGCCCAGCUGAGGGAUACCUACGAGUCUCUGAUGGCCAAGUUCCCCAAUCUGAGAUUCGAAUACGUAGACCCGGAGAAGAACUGGGACGGGACCAGAGUGAAGGGCCUGGUGGCCAACCUGAUCUCUGUGAGCGACGUGUCUAACGCCACGGCGCUGGAGGUGGUGGCCGGGGGCCGGCUCUACAACGUGGUGGUGGACACAGAGGUAACAGGUAAAAAGAUCUUGGAGAAGGGAGAACUGAAACGCAGAUACACCAUGAUUCCCUUGAACAAAAUUUCAGCGAGAACCUUGAAUGACAACGUUGUGAAGGCUGCAAAAAACCUGGUUGGGCCUGAUAACGUGCACUCCGCCCUGUCUCUGGUGGGGUACGAGUCGGAGGUCCAGAAAGCCAUGGAGUAUGUGUUCGGGACCACGCUGGUCAGCGACACCCUGGACAACGCCAAGAAAGUGGCCUUCGACAAGCGGGUCAUGACCAAAACCGUCACCCUGGGGGGGGAUGUGUUUGACCCCCAGGGGACCCUCAGCGGAGGGGCCCGGGCGCAAAGCGCCUCCGUGCUGUCCAAACUCCAGGAGCUGAAGGACGUCAAGGACCAGCUGGGGGCGAAGGAGACGGAGCUGCGCUCUGUAGAGAAGGCCUUGAGCGGCCUUAAAGGGACGGCUGAGAAGUACAGGCAGCUGAAGCAGCAGUUGGACAUUAAGUGUGAGGAGGCGGAGCUUCUUCAGGUCAAACUCCAGCAGAGCUCCUAUCACAAACAGGAGGAGGAGCUACAGAUCCUUCGCAAGACCAUUGAGGAGAGCGAGGAGACUCUGAAGACGACAAAGGAGGUGCAGAAGAAGGCGGAGGAGAAGUUCAAGGUGCUGGAGAACAAGAUGAAGAACGCGGAGGCGGAGCGAGAGAAGGAGCUGAAGGCGGCGCAGCAGAAACUCGACGCGGCCAAGAAGAAAGCCGACGCCUUCAACAAGAAACUGAAGGAGAAGCAACAGGAGGCAGACGCCCUGGCCUUGGAGCUGCAGGAGCUCCAGAGGGAGCAGGCCGGCUAUCAGCAGCAGAUGGAGGCCGUGGACCAGGCCAUAACGGCCCUGAGAGAGCACAUCGACAACAUGGCAACCGACGUGUCCAGCAGCAAGGAGGCGGUGAAGAAGGCCCAGGAGGAGCUGUCCCAGCAGAAGGAGGUGAUCAUGGCGCAGGAUCGGGAGAUCAAGGGGAAGACGGCGGAAGUGAACGCUCUGCGCGAGAAGAACAACGAGGCGCAGCUGCGCAUCAAGGAGCUGGAGCACAACAUCAGCAAGCACCGGAAGGACAGCGCGGACGCCGCCGCGCGGGUCUCCAGGAUGCUGGCGGAGAACGACUGGAUCGCCCCGGAGAGGCACCUGUUCGGCCAGCCCAACACGGCCUACGACUUCAAGGCCAACAACCCCAAGGAGGCGGGGCAGCGGCUGAAGAAGCUGGAGGAAGCCAAGGGGAAGCUGGAGCGCAACGUCAACAUGAGGGCCAUGAACAUGCUGAGCCAGGCCGAGGAGAAGUACAAUGACUUGAUGAAGAAGAAGAGAAUUGUGGAGGCUGACAAGUCCAAGAUCCUGAAGACAAUCGAGGAGCUCGACCAGAAGAAGAACGAGGCCCUGAACAUCGCCUGGCAGAAGGUGAACAAAGACUUCGGCUCCAUCUUCUCCACCCUCUUGCCGGGAGCGGACGCUCGCCUGGCGCCCCCCGAAGGCCGCGGGGUCCUGGACGGUCUGGAGUUCAAGGUCGCCCUGGGCAACACCUGGAAAGAGAACCUCACAGAGCUGAGCGGAGGUCAAAGGUCCCUGGUGGCGCUGUCCCUGAUCCUGGCCAUGCUGCUGUUCAAACCGGCGCCCAUCUACAUCCUGGACGAGGUGGACGCCGCGCUGGACCUGUCCCACACGCAGAACAUCGGCCAGAUGCUGCGCACACACUUCACACACUCACAGUUUGUUGUGGUCUCCCUAAAGGACGGAAUGUUCACGAAUGCCAACGUUCUGUACAAGACCAAGUUUGUGGACGGCGUGUCUACUGUGUCCAGAACCACACAGAGCCAAAAUGGUGCCAACGUUCCAAGCCAUAGAGGACCAGACAAGUCCAAGUUAAUGGACAAACGGCAAAAGAAAUUAGUGGCUUAACAUAUUUUUGUCACUGAUUCAAUAAUCUUAUAUUCUCUUUUUGUACUCUGUCCUGCUAUGUACUGUCUUGUUUUUUCUUUGUCUUUUUCAGUGUCUGUAUAUCCAAAAUAAAAACUUAUUUUAAUAGGCUAAACAAA